GUGUAGCAUUUUUUGCAUACUUUAUCGGAAAGAGCGCAACGCUAAUUCGCAGCGGCAUUAUCCCAAGAACGCGCACUUUUUUCUCUAAUUUUUUCAAUAUCGGUUUUGGGCAAGCAAAAGCCAACAAGAAUCUGUCGGUUUUAUAAACAGAAUUGUGUUUGUGCUCUCUUAAAUUUUAAGUAAAAUGUCUAAAAGGGGUGAUCCGCAAUCCUCUGGUGGUGAAGAGGAGGAAGAGGAGGAGUAUGCCGUGGAGAAGAUUCUCGACCGUCGUGUGCGCAAAGGAAAGGUUGAGUAUUAUCUCAAGUGGAAGGGUUAUGCUGAAACAGAAAACACUUGGGAGCCCGAGGGCAAUCUCGACUGCCAGGAUUUAAUACAACAAUACGAAUUGUCGCGCAAGGAUGAGGCUAAUGCAACAGCUAAAAAAGAUCGUCCCGGUAGUACUGCCGAGAAUAAGGAUGCCUCGAGCUCAUCCACUCCCAGCACCACCAAUAACAGCAGCAACAACAAGCGCCAAUCCGAGGAACCCCCAGGUCCAGCUAGCAAAACCAAGCGUGCCGAAGUAUUAGUACCAGCUGGCGGCACUGGCUUCGAUCGUGGCCUCAAGGCUGAAAAGAUAUUGGGCGCAUCCGAUAAUGAUGGGCGCCUCACAUUCCUCAUUCAAUUCAAGGGCGUGGAUCAAGCGGAAAUGGUGCCAUCGACAGUGGCGAAUGUAAAAAUCCCACAAAUGGUCAUUCGCUUCUACGAGGAGCGUCUUUCGUGGUACUCGGACAACGAGGAUUGAAGUAACAUGACAGCAUUUCCAGCACCCCAUUUUGAAGUCCGCUUACAUUGUAUUCUCUAAGUUUCACACAACAUACAACAAAAAAAUAAACCAUGUUGAAAUAAACUGCAUGUCUUAAAGUA